AUGGCCAAACUAGGGGCCCAGAUCUCCUUCCAGCCAUCGGGGGAAGCCCACUUACAGGUCGGGGCACCAUCUGUGGUGGCAGUCCUCAUUCCCAGGGGAGAGGAGUACCGCCUCUACGAGAAACUAGAAGGAAGCACAAGAGGCCCAGACGCAGACGAAAGAAUUGCCAACCUCCGCGUGCAGUAUCCCCAAGUGUGGGCUGAAGAUAACCCACCAGGACUGGCCAGAAACCACGCCCCCCUCAUCAUAAAUAUGAAGCCUGGAGCAGGACCAAAGCAGAUCCGCCAGUACGCCAUCCCAUGGCAAGCACGGCUUGGCAUAGCGGAAGUUAUCCAAAAGCACCUGAAGGAGGGGAUACUCGUUCCUUGCCAGUCCCCAUGGAACACCCCACUACUCCCGGUAAAGAAGCCAGAUGGGACAGGAUAUAGGCCAGUCCAGGACUUAAGGGCUGUAAACGAGGCAAUGGUCACCCUGCAUCCAGUAGUUCUGAAACCAUACACUCUGCUCAGCCAACUCCCUCCAGAGGUUGCCUGGUUUACCUGCCUAGACCUGAAGGAUGCCUUCUUCUGCCGCCAACUGGCAAGGAGUCAGCCCCUCCUACCCUUUGAAUGGGAGGACCCGCACUCAAUGGCCAAAACACAGUUAACCUGGACUAGGCUUCCCCAGGGGUUUAAGAACUCCCCUACUCUUUUUGGGGAAGCUCUAGGACGAGAUUUAAGGCCGUUCAUGGACAGUGAAGCUGACCUGACCCUAAUACUACAGUAUGUAGAUGACCUCUUACUGGAAGUGGCUACCCAGGACCAAUCGGGACAAGGUCACAAAUGGUUGUCCAACCCCCGGCUGACCCAAUACCAAGGAAUACUGCAUGAAAACCCCCGAGUAAAGAUUAAUACGGUGCGGCGGAUGAACCCGGCCACUUUCCUCCCUACUGAACUCAGAGAGCCGGACCAUGACUGCCUAGAAGUGAUGGAGGAAGUGUACACCAGCAGGCCAGACCUGCAGGACCAGCCCCUAAGCCAGCCGGACCUGACCCUGUAUGCGGACGGCAGUAGCUACAUGACCGAUGGGAAACAGCUGGCCGGGUACGCGGUAGUAAGUGAUAAAGAAACACUAGAGGCAAAACCCCUACCAACCGGGUGGUCCACGCAGAGGGCAGAACUGUGGGCAUUGGUCAGGGCCCUAGAGUUGUCAGAAGGGAAGAAGGUCAACAUAUACACAGAUUCCAGGUAUGCCUUCGCCACUGUACACAUCCACGGCGCCAUCUACCGGGAGAGAGGACUACUUACCGCCGAGGGGAAGGACAUUAAAAACAGGGUUGAGGCUGAAAUACUUAGGCUACUAGAGGCAGUGUGGGCUCCGGCCAAGGUGGCAGUAAUCCAUUGCCGAGGGCAUCAGAGAGAAGAAACGGAAAUAGCAAAAAGAAAUUGGCGGGCAGAUUGAGUGGCCAAGGAAGCAGCCCAGGGAGCAGCACCCUGGGUCCAUCACACCCGAGUCAAGAGGGCAGCCGACCCCAAGGUCGACGGAGAACCUGAGGACCGGCCCCAGCCGCGGCUGCCCUUCUUGAAGCUAAGGAAAGGACUGACCCAUGAAUGGACUGUUGUCCAGAAUGGUACCUCGCAGCUGCCAAGCUCUUCACCACAAUCUUCGGAGCAGGACUGGCGGCGACGGCACCUCAGGACUGGAACCUAUGGGGGCGGAUAG